AGACAGAUGAGGGAAAGGGACGUACGGAGCAACAGACCAACAGACUGUCCAACUGAUGUCCUUUGCGUGUUUUUAAAUGCUGGGGCACAAACAGUGAAUCUACCAUGGCAAUGAGGAGGGCACUUCCCUACUCCAGAUGGGCGGAGAGGAGAUCCACUGUGGUCUAUGCUGUGAGGUCAGCCACAUUUGGUGCUUGGCGGAUGUUGACCUUGGGCGCAGAGUACAGUUCGUGGUCUCGCACCGACACAUCCAACAGAGAGAGACACACCGCCACGUUUGGGCCCGGCGAGAACGACGACAGCCUGGAUGAGUCUGACGUGGGCACCGAAGAACCAAUAUACUACGACACAAUUUAUGAACUCGAAGGGUCAUUCCAUAGCAAAAAUGUUCCAAAUAUCGUCGAUGCGCACGAGACUUUCUCUGAGGACAUCGACACGCCAUGGUCUGGGAGAAUGGCUCGCUUUGGAGAUGAUCUACCCACCCGCUAUGGAGGCGGAGGUCCGCCGGGCGCUGGAAGAGGUGGCGCCCGAGCGGGAGGUCCCCCAGGCGGCCAGAGGAUGUACAAGCAGUCGAUGGCUCAAAGAGCCAGGACAAUGGCUUUGUACAACCCCAAACAGACAAAACAGAAUUGCUUCACUGUCAAUCGCUCCUUGUUUAUUUUUAGCGAGGACAAUGUCAUAAGGAAGUAUGCUAAGAGAAUUACCGAAUGGCCUCCAUUUGAGUACAUGAUCCUUGCCACUAUCAUCGCCAACUGCAUCGUGUUGGCCCUGGAGCAGCACCUCCCAUCGGGAGACAAGACCCCCAUGUCCGAGCGCCUGGACGACACAGAGCCCUACUUCAUUGGAAUAUUCUGUUUCGAGGCCGGCAUUAAGAUCAUCGCCCUGGGCUUCGUCUUUCACAAAGACUCCUACCUCCGCAACGGCUGGAAUGUAAUGGACUUUGUGGUUGUCCUCACUGGCAUUCUGACCGUAGCGCAGAGUACCGUAGGGUCUGCAACCGACAAAGUAGGCUCCGAGUUCGACUUGAGGACCCUGCGGGCUGUGAGAGUGUUAAGACCCCUGAAGCUGGUAUCGGGUAUCCCCAGCUUGCAGGUGGUCUUGAAGUCCAUCAUGAAGGCCAUGGUUCCUCUGCUGCAGAUCGGCCUGCUGCUCUUCUUUGCCAUCGUCAUGUUUGCCAUCAUCGGUGUGGAGUUCUACAUGGGCAAGUUCCACACCACCUGCUUCAAUCUUGACACAGGUGAGCGGGCAGCAGAUCACCCGUGUGGCAUAGAGCGGCCCUCUCGGCAGUGUGAUAAUGGCACUGAAUGCAGAGAGUACUGGAUUGGGCCCAACUUUGGCAUCACCAACUUUGACAACAUCCUGUUUGCCAUUCUGACCGUCUUCCAGUGCAUCACCAUGGAGGGCUGGACGGACAUCCUGUACAAUGCCAAUGAUUCGUCGGGGAACACCUGGAACUGGCUCUACUUCGUCCCCCUCAUCAUCAUCGGCUCUUUCUUCAUGCUCAAUCUGGUGCUGGGUGUCCUGUCAGGGGAGUUUGCCAAAGAGAGGGAGCGCGUGGAGAAGCGACGGGAGUUCCUGAAGCUGCGGCGGCAGCAGCAGAUCGAGCGCGAGCUGACGGGCUACCUGGAGUGGAUCUGCAAAGCCGAGGAGGUGCUGCUGGCCGAAGAGGACCAGAAUGCAGAAGAGAAGUCUGCGAUGGAUGGUGCGUGGUACAAGAGGAAACAGAACAACCCAGUGUUAAAACGUGGCAAGGUGAAGAAGAGCAAGAAUGACCUGAUCCAUGCAGAGGAGGGAGAAGACCACUUCGCAGACCUCUCAUCUGUCGCCCCUCCGGGUUCUCCGUUUGCGCGGGCCAGCCUGAAGAGCAGUAAGAAUGACAGCUCCUCCUAUUUCCGCCGCAAGGAGAAGAGGUUGCGCUUCUUCAUCCGCCGCAUGGUCAAGGCCCAGAGCUUCUACUGGUUCGUGCUGUGUGUGGUGGGCCUCAACACGCUGUGUGUGGCCAUCGUCCACUAUGACCAGCCAGAGGGACUCACCAAAGCACUCUAUUUGGCAGAAUUUGUGUUCUUGGGUCUGUUCCUGACGGAGAUGACACUGAAGAUGUACGGCCUUGGCCCCAGGAACUACUUCCACUCCUCGUUCAACUGUUUUGACUUUGGGGUGAUUCUGGGCAGCAUACUGGAGGUGGUCUUUGCCGCUAUCCAUCCAGGAGCUUCGUUUGGCAUCAGUGUUCUCAGGGCCCUGCGCUUACUGCGCAUCUUCAAAGUCACGAAGUACUGGAACUCCCUGAGGAACCUUGUUGUGUCGCUGCUCAACUCCAUGAAGUCCAUCAUCAGUUUACUCUUCCUGCUCUUCCUCUUCAUCGUCGUCUUCGCUCUGCUGGGCAUGCAGCUCUUUGGUGGCCAGUUUAACUUUGAAGACGAAACACCAACAACAAACUUUGACAACUUUCCCUCUGCUAUCAUGACAGUCUUCCAGAUACUGACAGGAGAGGACUGGAAUGCAGUGAUGUAUCAUGGGAUUGAAUCCCAGGGGGGCGUCCAUGGCGGAAUGUUCUCCUCGGUCUACUUCAUCAUCCUCACUCUUUUUGGAAACUAUACUCUGCUAAAUGUAUUCUUGGCCAUUGCUGUCGACAAUCUCGCUAAUGCGCAGGAACUCACAAAGGAUGAGGAACAGCAGGAGGAAGAAGCCAAUAAGAAGUUGGCCCUUCAGAAGGCCAUGGAGGUGAAGGAGGUCAGUCCCAUGUCAGCGGCCAACAUCUCCAUCACAACUUUUGUAAAGCAAAAUCGGGGGGCGAUCUCUCGCAGCUCCUCCAUCUGCAGCGCUCAUUCACCAUCAGAGACCAGGGACAUAUCUGAUCCAGAGUCAGCUUAUAUCAGGACUUAUUUAUACACCCCUACACGCUCCUUCAUGAGCAGGGAGCAGCGUUCGCUGAAGUUGUCGGUGUGGGAGCAGCGCACCACGCAACUGCGGCGGCACAACCUGCGGGCGAGCAGCGAGGCGCUCUACAACGAGCUGGAGCCCGAGGAGCGCCGCCGCCUCUCCUCCGCACUCCACCUGCGGCCCGACAUGAAGACGCACCACGACCGCCCCCUGCUGGUCGAGCCGGCCAACGCGGCUAACGGGGACGGCAACGGUAACGGUAACGGGGCGGUGGAGAAACCGCCGAGGCCAGCGACGGAGGGAGAGGUGCAGGGCGAUCUUCAGCAGCAGCAAUCGCACCCGCACAAGCACCACCGCCAUCGGGACCGCUCGGCCCACGAGAACGGCGAGGCCCAGGGGGAGGGCCGGCCUGGCGGUGGCAGCGUCAGCGUCAGACACCACACCCACCACAGCCGCAGCCGGGAACGGCGCGAGGGGAGGCUGGAGCACAGCCACAGCCAGGACGGGGGGCCCCACGGCGGGCACCGCCACCACCACCACCAGGGGGCUGGAUCCCCGGAGGACGAAGGGGGCGAUAGGGAGAGGGAGAGGGAGCACAGGCACCAUCACUCCCAUCGGCAGUCCAGGAGCGAGGGCAACGGGGGGCUCUCCAACGGAGGCCGGGGGGAGAGACGCAGCAGGGCGCACAGAGACGGAGAGAGGGAGGCCAACGGGGAGCGCAGGAGGCAUCAGCAGAGGCUACUGAGAGCCCAGUCCACACUGGACGGAGACGUGGCCAGGGAGAAUGGAGACCGAGAGCGCUCCAAGACACAUGGAGACAGACACUCGGACACAGAGGCUGACGGCUGGACCACCAGCCCCUUGCAGUCUCCCUCGGAGCCUCUGCCCGUUGCGGAGAAACCUGAGGAUGCAGACAACAUGAAGAACAACAACCGCAGCGGCCAAACCAGCAUCCACAUCCCCGUGACCAUCACAGCACCACCUGGCGAGACCACCAUCAUUCCCAUGAAUAAUCUGGACGGGGAGAGCCUCCUUCUGAACGAGGAGAAGAAGGAGCUAGAGGAGGAGGAGACUCAGAACGGCCCCAGACAGAUCCUCCCCUACAGCUCCAUGUUUGUGUUCGGACAGACCAACCCGGUGAGGCGGCUGUGUCAUUACGUGGUGAACCUGCGCUACUUUGAGAUGUGCAUCCUGCUGGUCAUCACUAUGAGCAGCAUCGCGCUGGCUGCUGAAGAUCCCGUCAUGGCCAACGCACCGCGGAACAAUGUUCUGAAGUACUUAGAUUACGUCUUCACCGGUGUUUUCACCUUUGAAAUGGUGAUUAAGAUGAUCGACCUCGGGCUCCUGCUUCAUCCCGGCUCAUACUUCCGUGACCUCUGGAACAUUCUAGACUUCAUCGUGGUCAGCGGCGCUCUGGUGGCCUUCGCCUGCACGAGCAUGAUGGGAGGAACAAAAGGGAAGGACAUUAACACCAUCAAGUCCCUGAGGGUUCUGCGUGUGCUGCGACCACUGAAGACCAUUAAACGGUUGCCCAAACUCAAGGCUGUGUUUGACUGUGUGGUGAACUCUCUGAAGAACGUGCUCAACAUCCUGAUAGUCUACAUCCUCUUCAUGUUCAUCUUCGCUGUCAUCGCUGUGCAGCUCUUCAAGGGCAAGUUCUUCUACUGCACCGACGAAUCCAAGACCCUGGAGAAGGACUGCAGGGGCAAGUUUUUGGAAUAUGACCGGGACAAGGUGGAAGCCAAGGACCGAGAGUGGAAGAAGUACGACUUCCACUAUGACAACGUCCUCUGGGCCUUUCUCACACUCUUCACCGUGUCCACUGGAGAGGGAUGGCCAAUGGUCCUGAAGCACUCUGUAGAUGCCACCGAUGAGGACGAAGGCCCCAGCCCAGGCUUCCGCAUGGAGAUGUCCAUCUUUUACGUGGUCUACUUUGUAGUCUUUCCCUUCUUCUUCGUUAACAUCUUCGUGGCUUUGAUCAUCAUUACCUUCCAGGAGCAAGGAGACAAAGCCAUGUCCGACUGCAGUCUGGAGAAGAACGAGAGGGCAUGUAUAGACUUUGCCAUCAACGCUAAGCCGCUAACACGCUACAUGCCCCAGGACAAGCAGUCAUACCAGUACAAGCUGUGGAAGUUUGUGGUGUCCUCGCCCUUCGAGUACUCCAUCAUGACCUUGAUCGCCUUAAACACUAUUGUGCUGAUGAUGAAGUUCCACGAUGCCCCGAAGCCUUACGAGGACAUGCUGCGGUACUUGAACAUCAUCUUCACCGCACUUUUCACCCUGGAGUGCAUCAUCAAGAUGAUCGCCUUUGGGCCACUGAAUUACCUGAAGGAGGCCUGGAAUGUGUUUGACUUGAUCACAGUGCUGGGCAGCAUCACAGACAUACUGGUGACUGAGAUCAAGACGAACAAGCUGAUCAAUCUGAGUUUCCUGCGGCUCUUCAGGGCGGCGCGCCUCAUCAAGCUGCUGAGGCAGGGCUACACCAUCCGCAUCCUGCUCUGGACCUUUGUGCAGUCCUUCAAGGCACUGCCGUAUGUCUGCCUCCUCAUCGCCAUGCUGUUCUUCAUCUAUGCCAUCAUCGGGAUGCAGGUGUUCGGAAACAUCCUGCUAAAUGAUGACACAGCUAUCAACCGUCACAACAACUUCCAGACCUUCUUCCAGGCCUUAAUACUUCUGUUCAGGAGUGCCACGGGAGAAGCAUGGCACGAGAUCAUGCAGCACUGCCUGAGUGAGCGCGAGUGUGAACCCAACAGUGGCCACACGGGGAAGGAGUGCGGCAGCGACUUCGCCUACUUCUACUUCGUCUCCUUCAUCUUCCUCUGCUCCUUUCUGAUGCUCAAUCUGUUUGUGGCCGUCAUCAUGGAUAACUUUGAGUAUCUGACGCGAGACGCCUCCAUCUUGGGCCCUCACCACCUGGACGAGUUCAUCCGCGUCUGGGCCGAGUACGACCCGGCAGCCUGCGGGCGGAUAGUCUAUAAGGAUAUGUACAAUCUGUUGCGUGCAAUCUCUCCUCCCCUCGGCCUGGGGAAGAACUGCCCCAACAGAGUGGCCUACAAGCGUCUGGUCAGGAUGAACAUGCCCAUCGCUGAGGACAACACAGUGCACUUCACCUCCACCCUCAUGGCACUGAUCCGCACUGCCCUGGAAAUCAAACUGGCCUCAGGGGUCCUGGCGCAGCGGCUUUGCGACGCUGACCUGAAGAGAGAGAUCAACCGCGUGUGGCCCAGUCUGCAAGCCAAGACCGUUGACCUGCUGGUGACCCCACCCAAACCGACGGAGCUGACGGUGGGGAAGGUGUAUGCCGCUCUGAUGAUCUUUGACUACUACAAGCAGAAUCGUGCCAAGAAGCUCCAGCAGCUGCAGCAGCAACAGCAGCCUGGAGUGGGAGUGGGCGUAGGGAUACCGGGGAAGGUGGGGGCUCUGUUCCGCCCCAUGCUGCCCUUAACCCAGAUUCAGGAGCAGACGCCACUAGUCACCAGUGCCAAAGCCCCUCCUGCAGCUCAGCCUGAUUCGCUGCCGCAGCCAGAGCCUCCGCCCACUACCUCCUUGACCAAUGGAGAGGCAGUCCAAACCCAGGGCAACGCCAUGAAGAAGUCUCCGUCGGCGGAGACACCUCAGGAACGACAGCAGAGAAGCAGAAAGUCAGUACAGCGGGGCCAAUCAGACGACACACAGACCUCAAGCAAAACUCAGGAAUCUGGUGCAGAGCUGAGUGAUGAGUACACUUCUGAUAUGGAGCGCUUCUCCAUCCUGGAGGGGCCUGGCCGAGCCUCCUCCAUGCCCAGACUCAAUGCUGAGUACCAGCAGCGGAGCCACCCUCGCCACACCACUGGACCUUACCUGCCACCCAUUCUGGAUGCGAGCCCCAUGACCAUGAGGCGCUCAGCGUCCACACUGUCCCCGCAGCGCCACCAGGAGGCGAGCCUGCGGGAGUACGGGCUGCAGAGGCCCUCGCAGGGCCAGGACAGGGCCCACCACCAUCACCACCACCACCACCACCACUGCCACAAGCGCAGGGAGCGCGAGAAGAAGCACAAGUCACUGGAGAGGGACAGCACAGAGCAGACCACCUCUGCACGGGGUACGGUGGCAGAGGUGACGGGCGAGCACGUGAGUCGCGAGCGUGCACGGGACCGGGACCGAGGCCGCCCGCACGAGCGAAAGCAUCACUCGGUGUCGGGUGAGCCCAAGACGCGCUACUACUCAUGCGAGCGCUAUGGCAGCAGGGAGCAGGGCCAUGCCCACUCAGCUGGACCGAGCCGAUCCACCUCACCUGGGGAACAACAUGAGACCUUACGCCUCAUACAGGCUGGCACCACUGCCAGGGGCAGCCCAGUCAUCGUGGCGUCAAGCACCAACACCCCCAACCGCAGCCGCCGCCAGCUCCCUCAGACGCCCCUCACCCCACGGCCGGCCGUCGCCUACAAAACGGCCCACUCGUCUCCCGUCACCAUGCCGUCGGCCGGCUCCCGACCCUGCGCCGGGCCCAGCUCCGUCUCUGGCUCCAGCUCGACCCGUCUGACGCGCGGCCUCUCGGAGCACAACUCGCUGCUGGCCGACAGCGGCAGCCCGUCCCCAGUGCCUGUCACCCGCAUCGGCUCCGUGCCCAGCCUGGCUGCCGAGCCGCGCCACCCUCUUCCGCACCCCGAGGAGAUGGACGACUUCCACGACGCCCUGAGCACCUACCACGGCGUGGGCCGCUCCACGCGGACACUGCCCAGUGCCGCUCACGCCGGGGCCGGCGCCGGAUUGGGAUCCUCGGCCCUUGCCCAGUCGGGCCGCAGCGGGGUGCCCAACGGGUACCACUUUGCCCUGGGCAUGAGCUCGGCGGCCGGCUCUGGAGCCAGGGGCGCGGGCGGGUACCAGGAGACUGAGAAAGAGGACUGGUGCUAGCGGGGCUAGGAGAUCAGGACAAGUCAAAAUGAGACGGAGGCUAAAUGAGGGUAUCUCUUUGAAAGGGCCACAAUGAGCACACUGCAAAUAUCUGAGUGCAUGUGUGCGCAUGCAUGUGUGUGGGUGAAUGGAUGUCUGGAGGAUCUACUGUACAUGUUGUGAAUGUACAUCAGUCUUUGUCCUCUCAUACUGAAGAACUGAAGGAAGUGUAAGAUAUUUGAGCCUGAAAACAAAAAAGAAGAAAGAAAGGACAGAAAUCACUUCAAAACUCACAGUUUUCUUUAUACUUUAUAGUUAUACCUCAGAAAGACUACAGUGUUGCAGGGCCCCACUGUGCUCACAGAUUAAGAUAACUUUCCUCAUGCAUUGUCAAAUCUGCUGUGUGCAUUCCCUCUUCUCAAAGAUAUGGACCAGCCUGACAAGAAGGAGCAUGAUUUGACAGUAUAGCGAGUCCCCAAAUCGCCACCCCUUCGUCCCUCUCUCUCUCUUUCUCUGUCUCUCUUUCUCUCUUUUAAAGUUUACUCUAUAGGGCUACUAUUGGAUGGACGCAAGGUGAUGGAGCAACUCCCUGAGGCCGAGCUGACUCCGGGGGGAGAUGGGAGUACGGGGCUCUACGUUAGGGAGGCUUUGCUGGGCAGCAUCGGAGCCAUGACACCCAAGCGAUGAGGACGAUGAUAAUGACAAAUGCACUACUAUAGCGCCACUGGGACCUGAACCCAUCAGUCAGAGUCUCAGUCCCAUGUUGUUGUUUUUUUCCAUGACCGAGGAUGUGAAGGCAAAGUGAUAUUUUUUACUUUGAAGAUUUGCUGCUCUUUUCUUUUUGUCCUGUGACUUCGACUAAGGAGUGACAAACUGAACACAUACACAGAAACACACUAAGAUGGGGAAGAGUGAAGUGUGAGUAAAAAAAAAGAUGUAAGAUUGAGGCCAAAAUUGUAAUUUGUUUUGUAUCAAGCUAUAGUAUAGUACAUUCAAUAACAGUAUUCCUCCUUUUGUACCAUUGUACUUUCAAAGGGUUCGUCGAGGAGUAUAGCUGGAUAUCACGGAUAAGCUCUACUCUUUUGUUUUCUUUAUUUUGAAACGCAGUGCUCAAGCCGUCAAAUACUGUACCAAGUGCCUAACUUUAAAUGUGUUACUGUUUGUGGUUAAAAUGCAGAUCUGUAGACAGGAUAGGAAACGUAUAUCUAAGAGAGGAAACUGAGCUGACAUCUUGGACGCAGCCAGUGUCAAUCUAAAGUGGUCUGGCAUCUCCACAAAACCCCAUAUCACAAACAUGGCAACAGAGAUUUAUAUGUUUGCACAAAAAAAAAUAGAUUUUUAAAUUGACUACACAACAAGAGUUCAUUCAUUGGUGUAUAUGAAAUUAUGUAUUAGAGCUGGAGAAAAUGACAUGCAAGAAUUAUAUUGCUAAUAUAGAUUACUAUUAUGACAUUAAUAUGUGUGUAGUUAGUUUGGUGCCAAUUCAGAGUGAACUAUGGUACAGAAGUGGUGUGAGUGCAUGCAAGAAGGUUCCUGUCUGACUUGGUGGUUAAUAUUGUCUUAAAGCUGCUGCCUGUGAUUAAUGCAUUUACAUGGGUCGUCUUUUAUUUUGUGUAAAACAGAGGACACAGCAAGCUUUGCCUUUUCUCCUCCACUGUGCAAGAGUGGUUUAGAGCGAAUGAGUGAGCUUACGUUUCCUGGCAUACACGUGACGUUUCCAUGUUCACAAGGCAGACAUUAGGUCUCGAAUUUACCCCUUUCCUUACCCAGUGUUAGAUGCUGACAGUGAGUACAAAGACAUCUUUUGUAUCAUAGUCCUUUCUCCAAAAGGACAAUUCUUGACAAAUACAAAAAUGUCCUCACAUAAUCUGUGUCUCCUGUUAAGUGUUAUUGAAAUAACUCCAUGUUUUAGUUCCAUAUUUACAUUGAGGGCCCACAGGAUUUUCUUACACAUAGUGACAAGGUGAUAGCAGCCCUGCCUAUUUGUCAGUUUAGUCAUUGGCUUCCAUGUCCCCUUAAAUCCUGUCAAGUUAUUCAAACACUAUGAGGCCUAUAACAGCCACUGUUCCCUGCAAUGUUCUCUCAAGGGCAUUUGUCUGUGGACAGAAAGAUGGGACAGGGAGAACAAAUGGGAAAUGCUGCUGUGUUCACUCAUUGCGUUCCUAUCAAUUCUAUUAAAUAGUUCUGUAACCUUGAAAAGAUAACUGACCUGAAAUGGCUCAAUGCAAUGUUGAGAAACUUUUUUUAAACAACUCCUGGUGCCAGACAUAACCAUAAUUGAAGGCUAGCCUUUCUCUGCCAGCUCCAAACUGUGAGAGCUGAUCCAAAAGACAGUGGACUGAAGGUGUCUUAAGAAGGACUAAGGCAGGGUAUCUGGAAUGGCAGCCAUAUUGCCUUCACUUUUUAUCCAGCUCUUUUUGACAUCCAUGAAAAGGAUAUUAAUAGAGGGCUUAAGAUUAAACUUUUUUUUCAGCCCUGGGUCCCAAGGAGCGAGAAAUAAUGUGGGUUGUCCCUCCAAAGACAAGUGUGCUGUUCUCUGUUCAUUCUUGGCACCGCAUGGUGUGUUGACUGUUGACUCACAGUGAAGUUGGACUAUGCAACAGAUGACACUUUAGGACCAGUUGGCCUCCAUUGUAGCUUUAUGUCCAGGGCUCUCCAGAUUCAGGCUUUAGCAUGAUUGUGACCAAAACACAUAUUUCUCUGAAUUUGUACACACUGUUGUAAAGUACACAUGUAAAAUAAGAUGUACAUUGACAAAAUGUUAAACAUGUUUCUCUUAAAAUGCCUAACUUGAGAUUUUGUCACCAUGGCAAAAUGCAUGUCACCCUAGAUUCCCCAUUUACUCUUGUAACUAUUUGAUUCGGUUAUUUUAAAAAAAAAAAAAAAAAAAAAAAAAAACAUUACUUUUAAAGGUAAUGGUUAUUUUAUUUGUGCCCUAAGAUAGUUAGCAAUUAGGUAAAUAAUGGCUAAUUGAAAGGUUUUGUGUGACCUUGUCCAAAUGAGUAGCGUUGCGAGUCACAACGGACCCUACAAAUGUUUUUUGCCAAUGUUUGCUUUGUCAUUACCAGAACACGAGUGGAGACAAACGUUCUAAAAGAGCAACAAUUUGUCAGCUAAUUUAAAAUCAGGUGCCAAAUGUAUCCCUUAGCCAUUUUUGUUUUAUUUCUUGUACCUCAUCCACUGAAAAUGUGGCUUACGUCCUUGAUCACGUUCAUGUUUGCAUGUUCAAAUGAAAUAUGUGCAUGUGUGAAAUUGUAUAUCAUGAAGUCUAUUUUAUAUGCGUUCACUUGCUGGUCGUUUUAAAUGACGUUUGAUAUACCAUAGGAAUGAAAAGGGAUGUGAAGCAACGACAUUUAACGCAUUUACAAUGGCGGAAGAAGUUGGAGGGUUUUGUGUCCUGGACUGAAAUUAGUGUGGUGUUCGUCUUGACGUCUUCGUGAUCAGCCUGACUCUAGCACUGCCUCUCUAUCUUUCUCUUCGGUUCACGCUGGUCAAUACUGCUGUCAUUUCUAGCAUUGCAUUUUGUAUGAAGAAAUGUCCUUGAAAUUGAGUUAUGUAAGAAAAUAAAACUGGUUACAAAAAAACCUUCA